UUUAAAUUAAAUAUAAAAAUAAUCAUAAACUUUUACAAAAAUAAAAGAUUCACAAAAAUAUUUAUAUUAUUUUAUUAAUAAAAAAAGUAUAAAAUACAGAAAAUAUAAAAAAUCAUUAAAAAUUUGAAACAAAUCACAAAAAUUCACAAAAAUCAAGAAUAAAAUUAUAUGUGGUUUUAUAAAAGCGACUAAGGAAUAACGUGCAUUGAGUGCUAUAAACUGGCUACCCUCAAGCUAUCAUUAGUAUACAUUCUUCCCUUUAAUAAUCCUGAACUUUUUCAAAUCCAACCAACACACACAUAGAACAUAACAGAUUAAAAAACCAAAAUAGCAGUCAGUCUCCGGGUUAUGAUUACUCUAAUUCAGAUUAGAAAAAAUCAUUAUUUUAUAUUUAUUUUAUUAAUCAUAACCCAGAGACUAACUGAAUUUUUCUAAUCUAAAUCAGAGUAAUCAUAACCCAGACUACUAUUUUGGAUAUUUUUUAAUCUGUUAUGUUCUAUGUGUGUUGGUUGGAUUUGGAAAAGUUCAGGAUUGUUAAAGGGAAGAAUGUAUACUAGUGAUAGCUUGAGGGUAGCCAGUUUAUAGCACUCAAUGCACGUUAUUCCUUAGUCGCUUUUAUAAAACCACAUAUAAUUAUUAAUAAAAUAAUUUAAAAUAUUUUUUUGUGAAUUUUAUGAAUUUUUGUGAAUUUUAUUGACUUUUUAUGAUUUGUUUUGAAUUUUUUAUGAAUUUUUUAUAUUAUUGUAUUUUUUAUAUUUAUUUUAUUAAUAAAAUAAUUUUAAAAAAUUUUGGUGAAUAAUUUGAUUUUUUGUGAAUUUUUAGUGAUUUUUACGAUUUUUUUUUUGAAUUUUUUAUGAUUUUUUAUAUUUUUUUUAAUAUUUAUUUUAUUAAUAAAAUAAUUAAAAAAAAAAAAUCGACACGUCAUCGUUUUUGAACAGUACCGGUUACCGUUAUGACUUGAUGUACAAGUAAGCCAGGUUGGAGGUUUUUUUUGAUAAAAGUGUCACUUUGAAGGUUUAAAGUACUUGUAAAAUACUCUCAGGGUUUAAAGUGUAAGUGGCUGCCACUUUGAAGAUUUUUUAUGCGAUUUUCCCAUAAUUAAUAUAUUCUUCCAGUCCAUAAACUCUCAUCGUUUUAUCAGCCCCAUUCGGUUAGGAUCGUCUUAGACUCUCAAGUGUCGAAAUCAAUAUUGCUACAGUUUAAAAAAUAAGACUUUUUUCUUAUCAAAGAUGGUUUAAACCCGAGUUGACGCUCAAGAGCUGAGUCUCUGCCGAGAUUGCUUAAAAGAACCCCAAACAAUAUCGAACCGACAAAAAAGCUAACAUGAGAGAGCUUAAGCAUUGGCAGUUUUGUUAUGAUUGAUUAUCCAAAACUAAAUCUUCAUUUUUAGCAUAUGUAACCAUUUGUUUGUAUGUGACAGGAAAAAAACGUUUGUUUGUUUGUUUCUUUCCAAAAAAAAAAAUAAGAACAAAAGUUCAACAGCUUCGGUUUCAGGUAAAUCAUGGUAUUUUAUUUAUGAGAGAGCGACUAACGAAAAAUCAGAACACAAAAAGAAGAAGAUGGAUGAUAACAAAAACAUCAUCAAAACCCUAGCUCGGUGGUGUCUUGUUCUACAAGCCAUCAUGAUAUCUUCCAACACCGUGGCUCUCAAGGAACCAGACUACGUAAACAUGAACAUAACAAUCCGCAAUGCAAUGACCGGGCUGCUCCGCCCGGAAAUCGUCUAUCGAUGCCAGUCCAAACGCAAAGAUUAUGGUUGGCAUCAAUCUACAAAACCAGGAACUCAGUUUUCAUUUCCAAUCAUUCUCAUUAAAGGUGAAAGCAAGAUACCGGCUAUUCACAUCUGCCGUUUCCGGUCCGCUUUAGGAACCGCCACACUCGUGAUAGAAAACACUUAUCUCGAGGCCGAGAUGUGUCCUAAAUCUUCAUGUGCUCACGAAGCGACACCGAAAGGGAUCUUGUUUAGAGGCCUUGAAUGGGAUUUCAAAACCGUGUUUCCAAAGCUCAAACCAGUUGAGUAUCUUGAAUUGCCGUGGACACCUUGGCCAAACAGAACAUGAAUUUUUCAUCAUAUUUUUUUUUUCUUUCCUUUUGUAUUCAUUCUAAUUAUAGAAGUUCAAAAUUCAUAAUCAUAAGCAGUUUGCCACAUACUAACAACUUUAGUUUAAAUUAAUUCCCUACAUUUAUGCGUUGGAGAGACAAUUGCUCGGGAAUAAACCUUAGGUUCACCCUAGGAUGAACAUUUAAAUUCACUCAUUUUUUAAGACCAAUCAAAGUAUUAAGUAGAUAAUUAAUUAAAAAUAUAAAAUUUAUUUAAAAAUAACUAAAAAAAAGCAAUGCCAAUUUUAACAACGCUAACACCCUAAAUCCGAAAUCUUAAAUCUCAUCACUAAACCCUAAACCGUAAAUCUUAAACCCAAAUCCUAGACCCUAAACUCAAACUGUACUCUAAACCUAAAUCCUAGACCCUAAACCCAAACCCUAAAACUUUAAAUUCAAACCCUAUACCCUAAACCAAAUCCUAGACCCUAAACCCAAACCGUAUACCCUAAACCCAAAUCUUAGACUUAAAACUCAAACCGUAAACUCUAAACCCAAACCCAAAACCUAGGCGCUAUAAGGUUUGGGUUUAGGGUCUAGGAUUUAGGUUUAGAAUAUAUGGUUUGGGUUUAGGGUUUAUGCUUUGGGUUUGGGUAUACAAUUUGGGUUUAGGGUAUAUAAUUUGGGUUUAGGGUCUAGGAUUUGGGUUUAGGGUCUAGGGUUUGAGAUUUAAGGUUUAGGGUUUAGAAUUUAAGAUUUAGGGUUUACGGUUUAGCUAGCGGCGUCAUCGUCGUUAAAAUUAACGUUAUUCUUUUUUUAAGUUAUUUUUAAAUAAGAUUAAUAUUUUUUUAACUAAUUAUCUACACGGCGUUUUGAUUGGUCCUGGAAAUAGAGGUGAAUUUAAAGGUUCACCCUAGGGGGUGAACCUAAGUUUUGUUCUUUUCUCGGGAAUUUGCCAAAUAUGACUCAAAAUUUGAUUUUAGCCCUAAAAGUAUCAAAAACUUGAAUCAAAUGCAAAAUUAACCCAAAAGGUUAGUGAAAUUACAACCAGCCCCUUAUAACUAAACAAAAAACUAAAAUUAGUUUUUACGAAUAUAACACUAUAAAGUUUUCUGAGAUUUUGUAAGUCCUCCGAGGUUCUGUAAGUCUUUUGGUAGACUUCCAGGAAGUCUUCUCAUAUAGUAGAUCUUAAAAAUAAUUUAUCAAUUUUGCAAAAACAAUAUUUUGAUAGAAAAAAGUUGAAUUCAUGUAUUUAUAAACAGUCGUAAGUGAUAUAAAUUAAAAUAUAAAAAAUUGAAUUGUUUUCAACAUAGAUUAGUGAAAGUAGUGGGUCAUGAUAUUCUUUGGAUUAGAGUUUGACAACAUAUAUUGUAGUAUUGUAUGUAUUUUUAAGAUUAGAUUUUGGAAGCUUAACAUUUUUUUUUGAAAAAUUAAAUUUUGACAUAUAUAUGUGCAGUUUUGUGUAUAUAAAACACUUUUUAAGUUUAAUGAAGUUUUUGUUUCUAUCUAAUUAGUUAUUUGAGUUUAGGAUUUAUAUUUGGGGUCUAGACGACUUCCAGAAAGUCUUUUAGUGAUUAGUAUUUUAUCAGUUAGAAAAUUUCCAUGAAAGUCUUCUAACUCCCGUUAAAAAUAUUUUAGUUCCCUGCUAAAAAUAUUUUAGUUUCUAGAAGAAUUUCAAGUAAGUCUUUUAGGAAGUCUUCUAUUCGAAGACUUAUUUGAAGUCUUCUAAAUCGAAAAAAAUUAACCUUAUUGGAAAUUUUGUCUUCCUUUAUAAAGAAAAUUUUCACAUUCUCUAUCUUCCUCUCAAAUAUCUGCAACAAAAAUGUAAUGUUUCUCAUUCUAAAACUCUCCAACCUCUCUUUAAUCCUUUUGAAUUUAAAGACACCAAACUUUAUAUCAGUUUCAUGUCUUCUCACUGAUUUAUUUUGUUUUGCAGGUUUUUCAUUACAUGGUUCUCAUCUUCCACUCCUUUAAAGGUAGAUCUAUAAAUCACAUUUUCUUAUUUGGUAACCUAUAAGAAAUUUCACUUUUCCUAGACGACUUACAUGGAAGUCGUCUAAGAUAAACAUGUUAGUUUUGCAUUUGACCGGAUUGUGUCCGAAAUUUAAUUUUUUCUAGACGACUUACACGGAAAUCGUCCAACAAAAAAAUAAAAUUUAAAUAUUUAUUUUUUCUAGACGACUUCCACGUAAAUCGUUUCAGGUUACUUUUCAAAAUUGAAAAAUAAAACUUAAAUAUUUUAUUUUAUCCGGAUGACUUACAUGUAAGUCUUCCGGCAUACGACUUAUACAGAAGUCUUUUGUAGUAACCAACGUUUGAGCAGAAUCUCGGAAUAAAUCCUGGAAGACUUCCUUGUAAGUUGUCUACCAGAAGACUUACAUGGAUGUCGUCCGGAUAAAAUUAAAAUUAAAUAUUUAAUUUUUAUUUUUCAAUUUCAAAAUUAUAACCUGUAACGACUUAUUUGGAAGUCAUCUAGUAAAAAUUAAAUAUUUAAUUUUUAUUUUUCUGUUGGACGACUUCUGUGUAAGUCGUCUAAGAAAAGUCAAAUUUUUGACACAAUCCGAUUAAAUGCAAAACUAACAUGUUUAUCCUAGACAACUUACUGGGAAGUCUUCUCUAAUUUUCGUGAAAACAAAGAAAACUGGAAGACUUCUUGAGAAGUCAUCUUCAAAAGACACAUAAAGUCAAUUGCGAAACUAACAUAUCCAUUGACCAAAAGACUUAUGUGUUAGUCUUCUCGUCGGAAAAGACUUACACGGAAGUCUUCUGACGGACAAAUGUGGAAAAACAUUGGUUUCAUAGCUUUAACAAGUGAGAUAACUUGUUUAGCUUCUCCAACCACAAAAUACUUCACCACCAAAGCUACCUACUUGCUAAUGACCACGAAUCAUGAGCUUGAAUGAUUCUAUGAACCUUAAAAAUUUAGAAUCAAAAUCUAAAGUUUUUUUGGAUGAAUAUAGAGAGAAAGUGAAAGAUAUGUUGUGAUUAGUUCAUAAGAAAUGAGAUAGAAGGAGUCAAAAUCGUUUUUUGGUGCAUUAAGAGCUUCAAAUUGAUUUUUCAUGGUGGUUGGUGUAUUGAUGGCAGUGAAAAUAUUGUAAAUACUUGAAGAAGAUGAUGAUGAGAGAGUAAAAAUCUUAUUUUCG